AUGGAUUCACCUGAGUAUUUGGAGAAAUUAAAACCCUUUCAAGAGGGAAUUCCCAACAGCAUUGCUGAGAAGAAAGAAAGAUACUUGCUACCACUGCGUGAUUUGGCAUCAGGGAAGCGCAAAUUUGAUGAACAGGGAACAGUAAAGAGAUUCGAACAUUUGCUUGGGUUAUCUACUUUAUUCAGACAUUUCAUUGAAAGGAAAGCUGCCAAGGAUCCUAGAUUUAGAGAGGUAUUGGACACUAUUGAUAAUGUCAACGGCAAAGCAAAUGGUAAGGGAAAGAAACAUACAGAUGCCCGCAGACGUAAGACUGAAAAGGAAGAGGAUGCUGAACUUAUGAAAGAUGAAGAAGAAGAGGAAGAGGAGCUUGCUGAUGUCGAUUUCCAAUUCAGAGAAAGUCCAGCUUAUGUUAACGGACAGUUAAGACCAUACCAAAUCCAAGGUUUGAACUGGCUAGUAGCGUUGCACAAAAAUCAACUAGCUGGUAUUCUAGCAGAUGAAAUGGGGUUGGGUAAAACGUUACAAACCAUUGCAUUUUUGGGUUAUCUAAGAUAUAUUGAAAAGAAGAAUGGCCCCUUCCUUGUGAUAGCUCCUAAAUCGACUUUAAACAACUGGCUCAGGGAAAUUAAUAGAUGGACUCCAGAGGUAAGCGCCUUCAUUCUUCAAGGUGAUAAAGAGGAAAGAUCUAAGCUAUGUCACGAUAAGCUUUUAGCAUGCGAUUUCGAUAUCUGUGUUGCAUCCUAUGAGAUUAUCAUUAGAGAAAAAGCCUCCUUUAAAAAAAUUGACUGGGAGUAUGUUGUUAUUGAUGAAGCUCAUAGAAUUAAGAAUGAAGAAUCCAUGCUAUCCCAGGUUCUUAGAGAAUUUUCCUCUCGUAACAGGUUACUUAUCACUGGUACUCCGCUACAAAAUAAUCUUCAUGAGCUUUGGGCUUUAUUGAAUUUCUUAUUGCCUGAUAUUUUUGCUGACUCGGCAACCUUUGAUGAAUGGUUCUCUAGCGAAUCAUCUGAAGAGGAUAAAGAAAAAGUGGUCAAACAAUUGCACACUGUGCUCAGUCCCUUUUUGCUACGUCGUAUCAAGAACGACGUCGAAGGUUCAUUACUACCUAAAAAGGAAUUGAACGUCUAUGUUGGUAUGUCUUCAAUGCAAAAAAAGUGGUAUAAACAGAUUCUCGAAAAAGAUAUAGAUGCAGUUAAUGGUUCAAACGGUCAAAAGGAAUCAAAAACCCGUUUGUUGAAUAUUGUCAUGCAAUUGAGAAAAUGUUGCAAUCAUCCAUACUUAUUCGAUGGUGCAGAACCAGGUCCUCCAUACACUACUGACGAGCAUUUAGUAUACAAUUCAGCCAAAUUGAAAGUGUUGGAUAAAUUACUAAAAAAAUUCAAGGAACAAGGCAGUCGUGUCCUAAUUUUCUCUCAGAUGUCUCGUGUGCUCGAUAUCUUGGAGGAUUACUGCUAUUUCCGUGAGUACGAGUACUGUAGAAUCGAUGGUUCUACUGCACACGAAGAUAGAAUCAACGCUAUUGAUGACUAUAAUGCACCAGAUUCUAAGAAGUUCAUAUUUCUUCUAACUACUCGUGCUGGUGGGUUGGGUAUCAACUUAACUACUGCAGAUAUUGUUGUUUUAUACGAUUCUGACUGGAAUCCUCAAGCAGAUUUGCAAGCAAUGGAUCGUGCGCACAGAAUUGGCCAAAAAAAGCAAGUGCGGGUAUUCAGAUUUGUCACUGACAAUAGUGUGGAAGAGAAGAUUUUGGAAAGAGCUACACAGAAACUAAAAUUGGAUCAGUUAGUCAUCCAACAAGGGCGAGUCACUAACAAGAAGAAGGAGAAUAAAAAUGACUCCAAAGAGGGAUUACUUUCUAUGAUUCAGCAUGGUGCUGUUGAUGUCUUCAAGAGCAAUGACAGUAGUGCCAUGACCAGUCAAACUGGAACACCACAUCCAGAUGAUGGGAAGGACAAGGAUGAAGAUGUGGAUUUGGAUGCCUUGCUAGCACAAUCUGAAGAUAAGACCAGGAGUUUGAACGCCAAGUAUGCAACUUUGGGUUUGGAUGAACUUCAACGAUUCAACCAAGAUUCUGCAUAUGAAUGGGAUGGUCAAAAUUUUAAAAAGAAGGUUGAAAAGGAUAUCAUUAACCCACUAUUUAUCCCACCUACGAAACGUGAACGUUCAACGAAUGCUAACUAUUCUGUUGAUAAUUAUUACAAAGACGUGUUAAACCCUGGACGUAACAAUCAAUAUACGGUUCCACCAAAGAUGCCAAAAUUACAACCUCUAAAUAGCCACCAAUUAUUAAGACCACAAUUAAAGGCUAUUUACGAAAAGGAAAGAAUGUGGAUUGCAAAGAAAAACAAUUAUGUUCCCAACCUUGAUGACGUUGUAACAACUUAUGGUGACGUGAAAGAUGAAGCAGAAAAGAAAGAUAAACUAGAACUUCUAAAGCUAUCGAUUGCCAAUGCAGAACCAUUGACAGAAGAGGAAACUAAUAAUAAAAUUGAAUGGGAGAAAGAAGGCUUCCAUAACUGGAAUAAGUUGGAUUUCCGUAAGUUCAUUACUGCAUCAGGUAAACAUGGUCGUAAUUCUAUUCAAGCCAUUGCUGCUGAAUUCGGUGGUAGCAAGACAGAAGAAGAAGUGAGGGCUUAUGCUAAAGCAUUCUGGGCCAAUCUUGAAAGAGUGGAAGACUAUGAAAGAUACGUGAAGAAUAUUGAGACGGAAGAAGAAAGAGUGAGACGAGUAAAGAUGAAUCAAGAAGCUCUACGUAGAAAGAUCAGCCAAUGCGCAAACCCACUAUUUGAACUCAAGUUGAAGUUCCCACCAUCUACAAACAAUAAGAGAACGUUUUCCGAAGAGGAAGAUAGAUUUAUCUUGUUGAUGUUAUUCAAAUACGGACUUGAUAGAGAGAACGUAUACGAAAUGAUUAGGGAUGAAAUCAAGCACCAUCCUUUGUUCGAACUUGACUUCUUUUUCCAAAGUAGAACGCCAAUUGAAUUACAGAGAAGAACCAUCACUUUGCUCCAAUGUCUAGAGAAGGAAUUUAAUACCGGAAUUCAGAAAACAGAUGAAUUAAAUGAUCGACUAAAGAAAGAAGAUGAAGAAGGUGAGAGGUUGCGGGAGAAGUUGAAAGAGGAGAACAAAGCCAGAAGGCAAGAGGAGGAAGAACAAGAAGAAGAAGAAGAAGAAAAAGAAGAAGAAGUUAAUGGCACUGCAACUCAAAGAAAAGACGAAGCAACUGAAGUUGACACCGAAGUCAAUGGAAACAGCCUUAAUGAACCUGAACAGAAAAAGGUAAAGACAGAAUAA